GUGCUGUGAUAGAAGUACGCGUCUUGAGGCUCGAGUUAAGGAUCAAUCCACCACUUAUGUACUUACAAUAUAUUCUAUGUACAUCCUUCUGUGAUUUUCCAAGCUAUUCAUUAACUUUGCGGAACAAUGUCAUCUCACAUAUAUGACGUCAUCGUGGUAGGAGGUGGCGCGAUCGGGCUUGGUGCUGCAUACGAGGUAGCCAAAGCAGGCAAAUCUACCCUGGUACUCGAGCAGAGCUGUCUUUUCAAUGCGGCGGGGAGCUCCAAUGAUCUGGCUAGAAUGUAUCGCACAAUGUAUACUGAGCCGUUCAUGGCAGAGCUUGCUUAUAAAUCCAUGCGCAUUUGGAAAGAACUGGAAAUGGACUCUGGAACAUCUUUGCGCACAAUGUCAGGUCUUCUAAACUUUGGAGACACUAAAAUGGGAGCAGACACCCCAGAAGGGACGCUUAUGGGUCCUAUAGCUAAUCUAGAGACCCUGGAUAUGCCAUUCCGCAAGAUGACUAAACAAGAGAUGGAGAGCGAGUAUCCGUUUAAAAACCUACCAGAAGCGUGGGAGGGCAUCUUCGCCCCUGAUAACGGCAUAAUCAAUGUCCCACUUCUUCUUCGGACUCUGGCCCGCCUGGCUAAAGACUACGGUGCUCAAACUCAGCAAUACACUGAAGUCCGAAAGCUCGUCCCUAUGGAGGAAGACAACGAAGACAUAUGGAGGGUCGACACUCGUGUCAACGGCGAUGAAGCUGUUUCCUUCAAAGCCCGAAAGAUCAUCAUAGCGGCGGGUGCAUACACAAACCACGUUGUGCAACCUAGCUUUGGUUUCAAGCUGAAGCUUAAUAUCUGGGAGAUGGUGGCAUCGUACUUUACGGUCAAUUCUGGUCCAAAUGGAACCCAUUUCCCAAGCAUGUGGUUUCAAUUCGCAAACGACAAGCGUGGCAGAUCGCGGCUAUUCUACGGGUUUCCAACAGUUGAGUGGGGUCCCCCAAACGUCUGCCGAAUCGCGGUAGAUGCGGCGACGAGACAGAUCACAGACCCUGAUCAACGGUGCGGUAGCGUCGUGAACCCCGAAGAUAUUCACGACACACAAGAGUUUAUCAAGAAGCAUCUCGUCGGGGUAGAUUAUACGACGCCUGCGUACACCCUGUCAUGCUUGCAGACAAACACGUUCGAUAAUAUGUUCGUUCUAGAUUAUAUCCCAGAGCAAUAUCUCCAGGGCGGUGCGAGAAAUAGCGUAGCAGUGUUUACUGCUGGCUGGGCCAUGAAGUUCGUGCCUCUGAUUGGUCGAGCCCUGAAGGAUAUGGUGUUAAAUGGACACUCCGAGUUCGCGUUGGACGAGUUCAAAAUCAGCCGUCUAGACCCUGAAAGUAAGGGGAAAUACGGCAAGCCCCAAGCGGGGAUCAUUGACGAGGUGGACAGUGACUUUUCCAAUCGUUGGGAGUAUCUCUAGUAGCGAAUGUCUAUGCGCCGUAGUACAUGCACGUGUUGUUUGCUCAUUAAUUACUGGCUGCAGAUAUUGAUAGCUACUCUGCUAGUCAAUUUACUGUUGGCUUGAUCAUAAGUGUCGGAGAGUGCACGAUCUGAAAUUCAUCGACCUAAACUGGGAGUGUUGCAAUCCAUACUCCCAAGCAUUCUCAUUGAGACUGGUGCCCAUGGAGCUCCACAUGCUCACCGAUCGGCUCCAGUCAUGAAGUGUGUUGUUGGAUGAGAAAAAGAUCGAGGGUUAUUUCUCGGCUAUCACAUGUGCGUAAUCAGAG